AUGUCAGGCUCUCCUGUUCCUCCUGUUCCACUUUCUUUUAUUGACGCGCUGUACGUCUCUAAAGUCGAAUGCCCUCUUUAUGACCACUUCGUCAAUCCUCCCCAGAUAUGGUUUUCCUCCGGAGAAAGCCGUGUCUGGUAUUCACUGGGAGGCGCAACCAAAGCCACACCUGUCGCCAUUUACAGCACCACUGCCUUUCGCGUAGUACUGGCGGCAGUUUCUUUGGGGCCCAUCCAAGCCCUCACAGCUCCUCUGACGCUUGUAGGAAAGGCAGGGGAAUGGACAGUCUUCAAUUCGCAAAAGAAAAAGACAAUCACAGAUCUGGUGAAGGAUCUUGUUGUUAAUCAACCCACCAUUAAUGGUACAGCCAAGCCUUUACCAUGGGGGCUGAGUUCAGACGUCACCUGGACACUGAGCGGUAAUGACCCAAAGCAGCCUACCUACACAUGCGAGACUGAGACAGAAGUCUAUGUCUUCCCACCCAGCCUGCCCAAUUAUGUUGUCCGAGGUGGACUCCCUGUGCGACUUCUAUCACUCAACGCUUUGUGGCCCGAAUGGAUGCGUAGCGCAGCUACCGAUUGGGUCACAUUUAUCGUUAAUGCAAUAUUCAAUGACCCGCGCCUGGAGUAUGAAACGUGGAGCGGGUCUUCCAAGUACACAAGCGGCAUCAUCACAGGUCUCGCAUCUGAUCUUGCAAAUGAUAGGGGUCUGGAGCUGUGGCUUGAUCUUUGGCUCACCGAUAUGCUGGGUCUCAACGGUGUCAAGACACAGAUGAACUGCUAUGAUCUAGCAUGUCUUGUGCAAGUCUUAGUCUCUCUCGGAACCGACGCUGUGACUGGGAAGGUCCGCGCAAAAUUCAUGAGGCCGUAUGGAUAUAUCAAAGAUACCAAGCUCAUUGGGAGGAUCGAUCCGCGUAGGGACCCGACAGGCAAGCCAGUCAAUCCGCAAAACUUGUGCAAUAACCCUUUCUACGGUAACAAUGGAUACGCCAAAGAUAUGCUAGUUGACAGAAAUAACAACAUCAGGUCAGCAUUUGGCAAUCAUUUAUUCGUCACAAUUGAGAGAGCAGGAGAAACAUACGUCCUGGAUGCCUGCUGCGGCCCUCAAACCGGCACCAUCAAAUUGCAGAAUUAUCCAGCCGAGGCCAUCGAUACUCGCAGCGAUAACAGAGGCAGGCCCGGAACUCUCUUCGACAUUAUAGAUGGCGUCGGCGUAAACCAUCUUAUCGUUUCUCGCGCCCUUGGAAGAGUCAACCCUCCACCCAGUUCCGCUCUUCUGAUCGACCAGGUGACCCAACUGGACCCAACUGGGACAUGGAACACGCCGUUCUUUGCGUCCCCAGCUCAGAAUUAUUCCAUUUCUGCAACCUGGACUUUGAUUCCAACCGGAUAUCCAGGAAAAACCAUCAAUAUUGAUGUGUUUCGGUAUGAGGAUGCCUACAUUCCGCGCCGUGUGACGACCGUGCAAGACGCAUACGCCAUGCGUGUUGCGACUAUUAGAGACCAGUGGGUCGUUGAGACGUCAAACGAAGGUAAGAGUGAUGGUGUCACAGGAAGCAUUCGCAUUUUUUGCAAUCCGUCUGCGGGAUAUCUGGCCGUUAUCAGGUCGACCGAGCUCAAAACGGUCGACACAGCGACGCUGAAGGCUCAAUUUAAGAUUCUUUUGGACACGAGCAUGAUCCCAACGGGGCAGACGUGGAUCCAGAACAUCAACACCGACAAGAGUCUUCCGAUCAAAGUCAAUCAAUCAUUUAUUAUUACUAUAACCGUGAGCUGA